GUUUUAUGGUAAUGAGCGCGGGCCAAAGCUGCUGCGCCGAGCGCGAGGGCUCAUUGGAAACUGCGUCGUCACCACGGAAACCUGGACUGCUUCCGCGUGAAGGGCUCUCCAGCAGGGGGCACAGUGAGAUUUGAUGCAGCCCCUGCACGUCCACUCAUUAACAGUCCACGCAGUGUCUCUGCAGUGCGGAUCACUCCUCUGAGGACCAUGAAGAGCUCUCCAGAUCUGAUGCCCACUGAGUUGGAUCCAACUCGUGUGUGCAAAGGAAAAGGGGCUGUUACUCUGAGAGCCACGUUAGUUCAUGUUGAUGAUGGAGACUGUGUCACCCAGGAACAGGUUGUGAAUCCAGACAGAAGUGAAUGCCACAGAGCGGUCAAUGGAGAUGCCACAGAAACGACUUUGGCAAAGGAAAAGCUAAACAGCAUCGGAGCUGAUUUAAAUUCAGAUCAAGUCAGUAAGGCUAGAACACAGGUGGAGUAUCCUAUAAGCUUAGGUCUGAGUGAUUUCCCAUCAGCAGCUACUGUGCCAUCUGUAAGCACACCAGACAGCAGUGUAUACCCAAGUAUUGUUCUGCUGCAGCAUAACACAGAUGCUGUAGAGCAGCAGGACAGAGUGUAUGAUCAGGGUUCCACUGAGACGCAAAUCUGUCUUCCACCUGAAGAUCCUCAAAGAUUUUCUACACAGAUGGAGGGCAGGAGAAUGAUGAUUACUGUUCACCCAGCAACCCCUGUACCACCAGAGAAACCCAGAGUCCCGGUGCGGAACACAGAGAAAUCCAAGGACUGGUACAAGAACAUGUUCAAACAAAUCCACAGAGUCCCAGAAACUGUUGAGGAAAAUCCAUACCGUCCCACCUACAUAUUCCCAGAGAGCUAUGACAGGCUACUGAACACCAGAGAUGACAGCUCUUCACAUAUGGAUGAUUAUGGGAGAAGUGUUCCUCGAUCUAAAAGUGCUGUAGACAUGGGCAGCUCACAAUCAAGGCGAAGGGUCUCUAUGCCGACUAGAACAUCUUCCCUACGUCCAGAAAGAAACGAGUGGGAGCCCCCAGACAAGAAGGUAGACACCAGGAAGUAUCGCGCUGAGCCAAGAAGCAUCUUCGACUACGAGCCAGGAAAGUCAUCAGUGCUGAGAGCGGAGAGGCCGGACAUAACCUCUGAAGAUGUAGAUUUAGAGAAUGAACCAUGGUAUAGAUUCUAUUCAGAGAUGGAGUUUGGCAAAACGAGUGCCCCCUCUUUCACUCCCUUGGAAACAGCCUCCGACCUACAGCAAUACCCGGCAUGUAAACCGGGCCCCAGUGUGGCGGCAAAGGAAAGCAGCUCGGCUGACGCUGGGCAUGCAGCUCCGGAAUGCGAUCGGCACAUUUACAAAAGUGUCCUAGAGGGUGGCGACAUCCCACUGCAAGGGCUGCGAGCGCUUAACAAACGUCAUCCCAGUACGUCUUCUAAAGACUCCGAAUCCUCACAGCCGCUAAGCCAAGGAGAUCAGGGAGAAAACCCAGAUGAGGUGGCCCGCAGACGAUACGGAGACAAAGAAAAAAUUCUGGAGGCACAGAGACGUUUGAAGCGGGAACAAGAAGAAGCGGACAUCGCCUCACGCCGGCACGCAGGCCUAGUCCUCACACAUCAGCAGUUCAUCACCAAUGAGCGCUUUGGGGACUUGCUCACUAUCAGUGACUCAGAGAAAAGAAAGUCAGGCCCAGAGAGGACACCUGCCCUGGCCCUGUUUAACUUUAAAGCGGAGUCAUUAAAGGAGCUGCCAUUUCAAAAAGGAGACAUUGUGUACAUCGUUCGGCAGGUAGACCAAAACUGGUACGAAGGAGAGCAUCAUGGUAGAGUUGGCAUUUUCCCACGCAACUAUGUUGAGCUCCUGCCCCCGACAGAAAAAGCCCAGCCCAAAAAGAGUGCUCCAGUUCAAGUGCUGGAGUAUGGAGAGGCCAUUGCCCGCUUUAAUUUCACUGGAGACACAGCUGUCGAGAUGUCGUUUAGAAAGGGAGAACGGAUAACACUCAUUCGUAGGGUGGAUGAAAACUGGUUUGAAGGAAAGGUUUCAGGCACCAACCGCCAAGGCAUUUUCCCAGUCACUUAUGUGGAGGUGCACAAAAAGCCUCGUGUUAAAAACGGAGUGGACUACCCAGAUCCUCCUCUUUGCCAAUCCCCACAUCGUAGCACAAAUGCCUCCCCACAGCCGGUGCGUACCCGUCUCAGCACCGCUCCUCUUCCCCUGCCACGCUCAGCACGCCGCUCUGUCUCUCCUGAGGUCCAUGCCAUAUCCAAUGAAUGGAUCUCUCUGACAGUUGGAGGUAUGAGCUCUAGCCCCCCGGCUGCCCCAACUCCUCCUCUGCCUCCUCUUCCCAGUACCGCCUAUCAUCUGGGUGAAUAUCUGCCACCUUCACACUCUGCCAGUCCGGUGCCCCCCAUCACCAGCAGCCCAUAUUGCAUCUCGCCGAUGGCCUCACCAUCCUCCUCCCCUCUGCCUCCUCCGUAUCCACCCCGGCCCUGUUCUGCCACUCCGUUCCUCACUUUCACCCCUCCACAAGGGGAGGAUUUCCUCCUUUUCCCUCCUUCACCACGUCUAUCACGUAGUAUGAGUCCAUGUGGGGGUGCUGGCAUGGAGGGAUGGCUGGGUGGAGGAAGAAGGCUGGAUUCAGAGCUGCAGGAGGGUGAAGGGGGAGAGCUGAACAGGGUUGGCGGCUCCCGAAAGGCGCCAUGCAGCUGGAGAUAUAGUCCAGCAGAGCCUUUGAAGAAUGAAGGAGAUUACCACGGGAGAUCCUCGAGAAGUCCGGUCAUGUUAUUUGACAUCCAGGACAACAACAUGAACGCCAACUCAUUCACGGAGGCAGUAUGUAAUGAGAUCAUGAAUAUUGCAGAGACCUCAGUGAGGUACUGCAGCACUUUGUCCCGCCCUUUAGACUCCGCCCACAGAUUGAUGCCCCACCUCAGUAAACGUUCUCUCAUCAUUUCCCAGCAACCCCAGUCCCAAAGCAGCAGCCCUGAACCUGGACGCCUGAGCUGCGGCAUAUUCCAGGCUUUGUACAGCUAUGUGCCACAGAAUGAUGAUGAGCUAGAGCUGCAGGAGGGAGACCUUGUGAAUGUCAUGGAGAAAUGCGAUGACGGCUGGUUUGUGGGUACAUCUAAAAGGACAAAACAGUUCGGCACUUUCCCAGGGAACUACGUGAAGGCUGUUAACUUGUAAUAUGUGAAAAUGUCUCAUCUGUAUGUGGGAUUUAUAACAUGAUGUUAAUGGGACACUGUUACUGUUGAGCGCAAAUGUUAGAUUUUUUUUCCCUUUCUUCCAUCAGUAUUGCAUCUUGCCCAGGUGAAUGUCCAGGUAUGUGAUCGGUUAGGUUUGUAGCAUGUCAGCAAGUAUUUUUUUGGAUCAGCUUAUCAGCUUUCACACAUUUCUUCAUAUACUUUAUUUACAGUUUGUUUGUAAUUUAAAUUUACUUUCAUAGUUGUAACAUUUUUUUUGUACUGAAUCACAUACUGGACAUUAACACAGCAAAAGUAGACAAACAGACUAGCAUCAGUGUUAUAUAGGGUCAAAGUGUAGUUGAAUGGCACUUAAAGGAGGGUACCAAUGUUGAAGGUUAAAGGGCUGGACAAAGCUCGAAAAAAAAAGAAGAAAAAGAAGAUGUAUUUAUGUAAACCUUUAAAAAAAAAUCCCAGUCUCCCUGUGUAUAUUUUGAGAGCAAUAUAGAUGGAGUUUUUAAAGUUCUAUUCAGAUGUGACAUGGACUGUUAUUAUUGAACUGUAGGCACUUACUGUAAGUCUGUGUGGACUAACAGGAUGUUUCCAAGAUCCUUUAUGUGGAAAUCCAGUGUUUUAUUCACCACAGUAUUUCAUCUGAUAGAAAUGAUAGUAAAAUAUUACCAUUUUAAACUUGAUUUUAGAACCUUUUUGUUGACAAUCCUACUUUAUGCAUAGAUCAUCUUUAAAAAUCAGGAGUAACCAGUUUCCACCAAAAGUCUGCCUUGAAAACAUCCUGAUUUGUUCUCAUCUUUUAUUUCAUGGGAACACAAAAAGAACAAUUCCUUAAUUGUCUCUCACGUUCUAUAUGCUGGCAGUAUUGAUCUAACUGAAACAAAUCCAUUACUAGACAAGGAAAUUGUCAGCGUUUUUGUAAAUGACUAAGUCAUGUUAAGCGAGAAAGAACAUUUUGAUGUUAGAGAUCAGAGUAUGAGUUUUAACAAACUUUAAUAAAACACUUAGUAGUGUGACUAAUGUUUGUUUUUUUAUACUGUAAGUGCAGUUAGAUAAUGAAGACUUCCAACUAAAAAGCAUAAAAUACCAGUCAAAAGUGUGGACAUUUUGGCUCAUAUGAAACUUUUCUCCAUUAUAAUUAUAUUUUCGAAUAAUAAUUAAAAAAAUAUAUAUGAACAUGCAGUAUUGAUUUCAGCAUGAAUAAGAAAAUAUUCAAACAAAUCAAAACUGUUUAAUAUUGUAAAUUUCUGAUGUAAAGUAUUUCUGAUGCAUCUUGGCAUCAUCUCACCCAGCUUCUAUAAGGAUCCUACCAGAUACUUUAAGCUAGACACAGUUUCUCCUAAGGUGCAAAGUCAAGAAAAGACAAAAGUUACACCUCACGAGCUAAAGAAUGAAGGAUUUUUAGGAAUAAAAAGAAAUUUAAACAUUACUAGAGAACAGAAUAAAAUAAAUAUUUAAUCAACUCAGAGGCGAUUUCAGGAAUAGUAUUUAAAUACAGGUCACUAUUAUCACACUAUCCGUAUAUUAUUUAAAAUGACCCAUGAACGUUCUUAUUUUUCUAAAUUUAAAAAUAUAUCCUUGAUUAUCCUUUUUCGUCUGAGAGCAUGUGAUAGUCACCUUAACAUGCUGCUUUACGACACCGGCCUGUGUAAUAUAUUGUACCUAAAUGAGUUUGUAGAACUUUAAUCCUGAAUGUGACUGCAAAAGUGUUGGUGAAAUUUCAGAUUUGUGUGAAAUUCCGUACCUUCCUAUCUUGAAGUGCCAUUUAUAUGAGUAAGCUACAUUAGGCUCUUUUUAUCUGCACACUUAACCAACAAGCUCUUCAUGCUAGUUUAGUUCCUUCUGCUGUAGCUGCAUUUCCAGCGUGAUAUCGAUUGAAUAGGAGGAGAAAGAAAUAACUAAACCCGUUGAAAAUACCAUGCAUGAGUUUCUAGCAAGUGUUGCACCUCCGCAAGCCAUGAAGUAUUUAAGCUAAUAAGCUAAUGAUGGUUGAAUAUUAUGUUUGCUCCCCAUAUUGCAUUCCAUAUCACUGCUGAGCGUGUGUGAAGUGUGUUAGAACACAUCAAUAUACAGUAUUUAUUAUAUUCUUGGUUAAUAAUCAAGCAUAUAUUAUUGCCUGACUGUCAUUAACUUGUAACUGACUUACACCCUGAUCAGAUUUACUUAGGUUUUCAAAUUCAUCACAGUUUUGUUCUAUUCGACUGCAUGAAACAUCAUGCGAUGUACAAGAGAAGCAAAAGAACAUAGUGUCUUGAGAGUUCUGUGUUUUUGACAUAACCAGAGAUGAGAGAAUUGUACUUGUAAAUAUGUAUAGUAUAAAUGAAUAAAAUGUUUGAAGUCACAACAGCCUCUAGAAAUAUAGUUUCUAUAGCAGGAAGAGUUUUAGGAAAGCACAGCGAGUUGCUUUAGGCGCACACUCUCUGAUCUGAAUGAAUGACAGAUUUCUAACACUGUGUUAGGAUCCAGAUGCCUUUUGUCUCACAGCUUUGUUAACCGUGCCUCCUUUAUAGUUUUAGUUUUUUUUUUUUUUUCACUUAGCCUUGAUGCAUUGAAAUGGAAAUCCAUGUUACUUUGUAGGAGUUGAUACUUUUCACAAGUGUCACAGAAGACAAUUACCAUGAUCCUGACUGCAAUCCAUGCAGUUAUAUUUAUAAAGAGUGUGACAUGAUGCCUGUAGUGAUCUUCCACACGCAGAAGCUCACAUUGCAGUUAGUUGUUGUUUUCCUUUAUUUGCAGUGCAGUUACAAACAGACUGUUGGAUUUAAACAUGCUAUUUACUGCUGUGAUUUCAUUAUUAUGCAAUAUUUAAUAAAAUGUAUUAAAGCUUU